ACAGGCUCACGCCCACCCACAAGAAACCAGCACAGGCUGUUUGGGCAGCUUAAAACUCUCUGUCCACUGUAUUUCCCAGACUCUGAAACAACAGGUUAGAGAAGGCUCCUCUUCUAGCUCAAGACAAGCCAUCGGGCCUUGUUUGCUUGCCCAGGAAAGGCCUGGAAGAAGAGGCCACCAAACAAGCCAACCCUCUCUCCAUUCCCUUGAUCUACUCAUCGCCAGCAUCUGGAGACCCAAUGGCCCAAGCCUACUGGCAAUGCUACCCCUGGCUUGUUCUCCUCUGUGCAUGUGCAUGGAGUUACCCAGGGCCUGAGUCCCUUGGAAGAGAAGAUGUGAGAGACUGUUCAACCAAUCCUCCGCGCCUGCCAGUUACUGCUGUCAAUACAACAAUGCGGCUUGCAGCCCUCCGCCAGCAGAUGGAGAAGUCGAAUCUCUCUGCCUACAUCAUCCCAGACACGGAUGCACACAUGAGUGAGUAUAUUGGCAAACAUGAUGAGAGGCGAGCAUGGAUUUCUGGCUUCACAGGGUCUGCAGGUACUGCUGUGGUGACCAAGAAAAAAGCAACUGUCUGGACCGAUAGUCGUUACUGGACUCAGGCCGAGAGGCAGAUGGACUGCAAUUGGGAACUCCAUAAGGAAGUUAGCAUUUCGUCGAUUGUCGCCUGGAUCUUAGCUGAAGUCCCUGAUGGAGAGAAUGUGGGCUUUGACCCCUUCCUCUUUUCUGUUGAUUCCUGGGAAAAUUAUGAUCAAGAACUCCAAGACUCCAACAGACACCUGUUAUCCAUUACAACCAACCUUGUCGACGUGGCAUGGGGGUCAGAGAGGCCCCCAGUGCCAAGCCAACCCAUUUAUGCCCUGCCAAAAGAAUUUACAGGAAGCACUUGGCAGGAAAAAGUAUCCACCAUCCGAAGCUAUAUGCAGAACCACACCAUGGCUCCAACUGGGGUCCUUCUAUCCGCACUCGAUGAGACAGCCUGGCUCUUCAACCUCCGUAGCAGUGACAUCCCCUAUAACCCCUUCUUCUACUCCUACACACUGCUCACAGACUCUUCCAUCAGGUUGUUUGUCAACAAGAGUCGCUUUAGCCUGGAGACCCUGCAGUACCCGAAUACAAACUGCACAUUACCCAUGUGUGUGCAACUUGAAGAGUACAGUCAAAUUCGUGACGGUGUGAAGGCCUAUGCUUCAGGCAAUGUGAAAAUCUUGAUUGGGAUCAGCUAUACCACCUAUGGGGUCUAAGUGAUACCAAAGGAAAAACUCGUGACAGAGACCUACUCCCCAGUGAUGUUAAUCAAGGCUGUGAAGAACAGCAAGGAGCAGGCUCUCUUGAAAGGCAGCCACGUGCGGGACGCUGUGGCUGUGAUCCAGUACUUGGUCUGGUUGGAGAAGAACGUGCCCAAAGGCACGGUGGAUGAGUUUUCUGGGGCAGAACACAUUGAUCAGUUACGACGGAAUGAAAACUUCUCCUCUGGACCCAGUUUUGAAACCAUUUCUGCUAGUGGCCUGAACGCCGCCCUGGCCCAUUACAGCCCAACAAAAGAGCUGCACCGUAAGCUGUCCUUAGAUGAGAUGUACCUGGUGGAUUCUGGAGGCCAAUACUGGGAUGGGACCACAGAUAUCACCAGAACAGUACACUGGGGUACUCCUACUGCCUUUCAAAAGGAGGCUUACACGCGUGUGCUGAUGGGAAACAUCGAUCUGUCCCGACUUGUCUUUCCUGCUGCUACAUCAGGGAGAGUGGUGGAAGCCUUUGCUCGAAGAGCCUUAUGGGAAGUUGGGCUCAAUUAUGGUCAUGGGACAGGCCACGGCAUUGGUAAUUUCCUCUGCGUGCAUGAGUGGCCAGUGGGGUUCCAGUAUAACAACAUGGCCAUGGCCAAGGGCAUGUUCACUUCCAUCGAACCUGGAUACUACCAGGAUGGGGAAUUUGGAAUCCGUCUUGAAGACGUCGCCCUCGUGGUAGAAGCAAAGACCAAGUACCCAGGGACCUACCUGACUUUUGAAUUGGUAUCCUUUGUACCCUAUGACCGAAACCUCAUUGAUGUCAGCCUGCUGUCCCCAGAGCAGGUAAGUUACCUGAACCGCUACUACCAGACCAUCCGUGAGAACAUAGGCCCAGAACUGCAGAGUCGCCAGCUGCUGGAGGAAUUGGCAUGGCUGGAGCGGCACACAGAGCCCCUGUCAGCCAGGGCCCCUCAUACCACGUCCUUGGCCUCUAUGUGGGUAGCCUCUGCCCUUGCCAUCCUCAGCUGGAGUUGCUAGAGGCCCCCGAUUCUCCUGUUGACUGUUGGGUUUGGGGAUUCAUUUGCUUCUGCUCAGCUGUCCUCUCCCCUGUGUCAUACAUGUCCCACGGGGCCCUGAUGGCUCAGCCACUGUCCUAAACGUCCUCCAGAGCCAGAUCCUAGGUAGCAUAGUCUAUCUUCUCCCAGAUGUGCAUACCUCAUCAUGGACUUCCACCCCUGGGCCCUGGACUAGCAGAGCCAUAUAGCCUGCUACAUGGGAUCCUCUCUCCCAAAGUAAAGGACCCUAUAGGGUAAUACCCCUAUUUAUAGUUCACAGGGCUCCAUCCCAUCUCCACUCACUGGAGAAGGCCAGGGCUAUUGCCACCCACACUGACUCCAGACUUUCUAAAGCUGCCUCUGGCCCCUACCGUAGCCUGUUUGCUAUCUUUGGAGAAGGAGGUGACUGUGUAUUCUGGUCUCAAACUACCACUCUAGUAUUAUGGAGAACAGAAAAGUUGGAGUCAACUGUGGCCUGCAAUUGAACACCUCAGUUGAUGGGUAUCAGUCCUCUCCCCAACUGUGAACCCCCCACAACUCCUUAACUACCAAUGCACCCAUAACAAGCCACCACACAGGGAGUUAAGGCACAGGACUUAGACUGUGAAGUAGAAGAGAGAAUGGAAAGGUGUUCUGGGCUAUCCCAGACUCCCCUGACACUCGGAACAUUUUAAUCUUCUAAGGUGAAGUCACCAUGACAGUGCUAUUAAACCCUCUCAUAUCUUUAAAAA